CCACCCCUCAACAACACCCGACGCAACAACUUUCCAUGAAAAACUUAACCUUAUCGUUAUAAAACAACAAAAAACCUCCAGAAAUGGACACAAGUGCCAUGUCCACAUCUGGACUGCUGGAAUGGGAGUUUUCAUUGCCAUCCGAUCAAAUUAUAUCCCAUGGCUGGUAUCACGGAGCUCUAAGUCGCACUUCAGCUGAAAACCUUCUGCAGCAAGAUAGAGAAUUUCUGGUUCGGGAUUCAUCCUCCCAACCCGACAACUACGUCCUUAGUUGUCGGUCUAAUGGGCAACAUCUCCAUUUCGUGAUACAGCGGAUCGUAGUCCAUCCUGAAACAGUAUACGAAAGAUACCAGUAUCAAUUCGAAGAUGAAGCUUAUGAUACCGUAGCAGAUCUCAUUACAUCAUACGUUGGAUCAGGGAAGCCCAUAUCAGCAGCAUCAGGGGCCCGGAUUCAAUACCCGGCGAACCGUGUUGUGCCUCUGACGAAUUACAUUCCGAGUGAUGAUGUCAGCUCCGCUAUGUCACCUGUGGGCGACGCCGCAAAUUACGGCAACCCUUACAGUCUCUACAGCCAUUUUGCAGCCAAACCAGGGUUAUUACAGCUAAGAGUGCCUUUUAAAAAGCAACGAUCACAUUCACUCACUCCAAUCGAUAUGGGCCAACAUGUUAACCACGGAAAAAGCGCUAGCGCCGACGGGGUAAUUCAAAGUCAAACGAACAAGCACAACAAAAACUUUUCCAGCGAAUCUAAUUCCAGUUCCAGCACAUGGGAUGCUAACUUGCCGACUAGCCCUCCAGCUAAGCCGGCGAGGUACGACGGACCAAAAGCCGAUGAGAGGCGUUUAGAACUCCAGCGUUUGUACCAUGUUUCUGGAUCAGACUCUGGCAAUGGUUCGGGGGAUUCCACUCAGAGCUCAGCCCACAGCGACCCUAACAAACGAAUCGAGUCGGACUACAAUUUGGUGACACCCACCAUAAAGCAGCAAUUUGAUUACGACCUAACGGAAGCGAGGCUGUUGCAAGCAGAAAACUUGGACUAUGUCGUUGAUUCCAGAAUAAAUCUGGAGAAUUUCCAUUCACAAAUAAUUCCCACUGGUUUGACGAAGCCUCUGGAGUCUGAAACGCUGCAUACCAUAAAGUUGCUCCUCAGGACAUCAGGCCCGCGGAUAUUGGCGAAUCAUAUGACGAAGGUUGAUUUGCAUUUUCUUUUGGAUGAUGCAAUUCAGAUCGAGGGAUUGGACAAAACUGCAUCAGGUUUAGAGUUGUGCUUCUUACCGCAAGGCAGACCUUUGCGAAUGGACGUAAUUGAAAGAGUGGAAACUUAUCGUCUGCUGAUUGCCGUGACUAUCCUGACUUGCCAGACGGACAGACAGAGAGCUGACACAAUCAAUGAUUGGAUACUGCUGGCAGUUGAAACAAAAACCGCUCUUGGGAAUCUGUAUGGCUUUUCAGCCAUUAUGUUCGGAUUAUGUAUGCCACAGGUGGAGUGCCUCGAGAAUGCAUGGAACAUACUUCGGCGCGUGUAUACUGACAAUGCCUUCAUGUUCGAGGCGAAGCUACGCCCUUGCUUCAAAAGCAUGAAUGAGGGAACUAACCCCUUACCUCCUAAUACCACCACACCUUACGUCUUGCCUCCUAUACUGUGCUUCCAUUUAUUUGACGGUGAAGGCGGAGGUCUGAUGCCGCCAGACGACACCUUCCCUAGCAGUCUGAUGAACACCCUGGACUUCGACUUCAACGCGACGGCUGCCCACCUCGAGACCGCGCGCCAAUUCCCAAACCAAGUCGACACCUUCAAGAGAAACGCCAGAACUGUUGUCCAGGAGAUGUCUUCUCUCGGUCCGACCCUCGACCCCACUUUACUGGAACUAUUCAGAACAGAAUUCCACAUCAACUUCCUCUGGGGAGAGAGGGGAGCCUUAACCACCCCCUACCAGAGAUUCGCGAGGCUAACCGACAUUCUCACUGCAAUGGCGAAUAAGCUGGCUUCUCAACCAGCAGAUGUUGACGAUGUUGUUUAAUGUUUCGUUUGUGACUGAAUUGUUAGUUCAUAAAAUAAACUCAUUAGUGUUCAUGUAUUAUAACAGAUUAAAUUUUGCAUUGCGAUUUAUUAUUUAUGCUCGCUGUCCAUCGAAGCUGUGUGCAAGUUAUGCUAAAAUAAAUUAAUUAGAAAUAUUACUACUGAUUUAUACUAGUUAUUUUAUAAAUAUUACAAAAAGCUUCUACGUUCGCAUAUUAAGAGUAGGUUUACCUACCCAAAAAUAUUCUGA